GGAGAAUUUGUUAUAUAUCGUAAUCUUCUCUGAUAUUGAGGUAGCUCAAAAUGUCUCCGAGGACGACGUCGCAAUGUCCAACACUUUGUAAUGCAUUAAGGAUUCUUCUACUCCGCUGCCGCAAGAUGCCAUAUACGCUAGUCAGUCAAAGGUUGACUUCUUGGCUAUCUAUCUUGUCUCAAUUGCCUCCAGUUCUUUGCUUCGUUUGGGCUAUCGCAUCAGCUUGUUGGUUGAGGAUUUCAUCUCGUUGUAUAGUGUAACAGUAUCAUUGCCAUGGUAUUACUCGAUUAGUUUGAUCGUUAGCCAUUGUAUG